UGCAGGUGAAAGAGCUGUGUGGAUGCUGUUUUCUCAAUACGUAGAUGUGUUUUUGCUGCAUAAUAUCCCCAGAAGAGACACAGCAGGAGGAAGAAGAGGAGGGAAUGGCAGCUUCUCAGGGACGGCUGACAUUCCGGGAUGUGGCCAUAGACUUCACUCAAGAGGAGUGGGAAUGCCUGGACCUCGGUCAGCGGGAAUUGUACAGGGAUGUGAUGUUAGAGACCUACGGGAACCUGGCCACCUUGGGGCUUGUCUCUAAGCUGGACCUGGUCGCCUUUCUGGAGCAACUGAAGGAUCCCAGGAAUAUAAGGAGAAUGGAGACAACAGCCAUUUACCCAGCCUUGUCUGCACAAGACACCCAGGAUUUGAUGCCAAAGAAUCCAGCAUUAGAAGAUGUAUUCCCAAAAGCAAACCUAGGAAUAUAUCAAAUAUUUCACCUCAGAAACUUACAUUUAAGGAAAGUCUGGGAAUAUAUAUCGGUAUAUGAAAGACAGAGAGGAUGUUUAUAUGGACAUAAAGAAAUGGAGACAGUUACACAGAUUUCUAACAUUACUGGAAAAAGAAUUGAGCGACCUGAGUCACGUUGGGAAAAACACCCACUUCAGUCUUCAACAUUUGCCAAGAUGUGUAAGUGUUUAAGAAAAGAUUUUCAUCCUUUUUUGAAACAUACAUGUUCUCUAAAACGAAACAUGAAAUAUCUGGGAGGUAAUCUUGUCUCUACUGCAAAUACUCAUUCAAACAAUUCUGAACAUAGGCUUCGACUCAACAUACAUUCAAGCAUGUCUGAACACCUACAAUUUAACAGUGAGUGGGAAAACUCACAGUCUAAUCAAUUUGAGGGAUCCGUGAGCAGGGGCUCAUUUUUCUUCCCCCAACAGAUAUUUUCUCUCCAUUCCAAGAUGUAUAAUGUUGAUGAUACUGGAAGAGAUGCAAUCCAACCAUCAUUGUUCAAUACAUAUUGUGAUAUGGUCAGUACACAACAACUUUCCGUGUGUAAUAAAAUGAGUCAGACCUUAAGUAAGAGCUCCAGCUUCAAUAAUUACAAGAGUAUUUCUGGUGGACUGAGAAGGUAUUCAGGCAAUGAACCUGGGUAUAUAGUUGAAGGAGACUCCAACCUUAAGAAACAUCAGGGACCCAAAUCUUCUAACAAGGAUUCUACAAGUAAUACAUGUAGAAAUGCCUUUGAUCAAAUGUCAGGUUUUUCUCUCGAUAAGAGAACUUGUCCUGAAGAGGGGACUUGUACUGAAUAUGGUAUGGUUUUUAAUCACUCUUCAGAACUUAUUCAACCACAGACUGUUCAGAACUCACAGAAAGAAAACAAGUGUAAGAUAUGUGGGAAACUGUUUAGUAAAUCAUGCCAUCUAAGUAGACAUAAGAAAAUUCAUACAGGAAGGAAACCUUUCCAAUGUACACAGUGUAGCAAACUGUUUAAGCAUCGCUCACUUCUUACUAAACAUCAGCGAAUUCACACUGGAGAGAAACCUUAUAAAUGUGCAGAAUGUGGCAAAGCCUUUAUUUACAACUCACAUCUUAUUGAACACCAGCGAAUUCAUACUGGAGAGAAGCCUUAUAAAUGUAAAGAAUGUGACAAAGCCUUUAGUCGUCCCUCACGUCUUGCUGGACAUGAGCGAAUUCAUUCUGGGGAGAGACCUUACAAAUGUCAAGAAUGUAACAAAGCCUUUAUUCAAUACUCACAUCUUACUCGACAUCAGCGAAUUCAUACUGGAGAGAAGCCUUAUAAAUGUAAAGAAUGUGACAAAGCCUUUCCUCGUCCCUCACAUCUUACUGGACAUGAGCGAAUUCAUUCUGGGGAGAGACCUUAUAAAUGUAAAGAAUGUAACAAAACAUAUAUUCAUUGCUCAAAUCUUACUCGACAUCAGCAAAUUCAUUCUGGGGAGAGACCUUAUAAAUGUCAAGACUGUAACAAAGCCUUUAUUCAGUGCUCACAUCUUACUCAACAUCAACGAAUUCAUUCUGGGGAGAGACCUUACAAAUGUCAAGAAUGUAACAAAGCCUUUAUUCAGUACUCACAUCUUACUCGACAUCAGCGAAUUCAUACUGGAGAGAGACCUUAUAAAUGUAAAGAAUGUAACAAAGCCUUUACUACGAAUUCGGCCCUUACUCAACAUCACCGAAUUCAUACCGGGGAUAGACAUUAUAAAUAUACAGAAUGUGGCAAGGCCUUUUUUUAACAUUUCUAGUCUUACUAAACAUCAGUGAACCCAUACUGGGGAGAGACCGUAUAAAUAUACAGAAUGUGGCAAAACCUUUAAUCGGAACUCAAUUCUUACUACACAUUUGCGAGUUCAUACUGGAGAGAAACCUUAUAAAUGUACAGAAUGUGGCAAAGCCUUUAGUCAUAGUGGUAAUCUCACUAAACAUCUGAGAACACACACUGGAAAGAAACCCUCAUAAUGGAACAAGUGAUGGAAGAGGUUUGCCCUGAACAUGCAUCUGAAAACACAAGAGUUUAUGUAAGAAACCUAUGGGAAUGAUGUAACAAAUAUGUAGAAAGGUUGUUAACCAAAAGUUAAAUCAAAGUAAAUAUCAGAGAUUGCAUACGAGAAGGCAUUUCAUCACUUUUGUUUUCAGAAGUUUCUCUGAAGGAGGAUGACUGUAGGGAGUACUCCAUAGUUAAAACACACAGAAGAUGGAUGUAUUAGCAUGAAUCAUGAGAUGAAGGUUUAUGGUUAGAAAGUUACAAUUCUUAGCAAUGUAUGUAUUCUUGUUAGUAAUGACAUGAUUUGAGAUUAUUUGAAGUGAAUAUAAUUCAGCACUCAAAUAAUCCAUACAGUGCUCACCAGAAUCCUUGUCUUGGUUUGAAUGGAUGAAUCCACACUCAGCCUAGGGAGUCCGAGGCACUUUACUCAGGGUAACUUAUAAAAGCUGAACUGCAAGUACUCCUGUUUUCUCUGCCUGAUUCCAGCUUUGACCUCUCUCAGAAACUCCUGCCCUAAAUCCUGCCCUACAGAGAGGUCUUAGGUGUGGUGAGUGUGAGGCUUUGAACUCAGGACUCCUGAACAUUGGUUUUGGGGAGGAAACAUCAGAACAAAAUGGGA